AUGCCUCCCGUCAAACAAGUUUACAGUCAGCAGCAGCAACCUUCGAAUUGGGAUAAGUUCAAGAUGGGGUUGAUGAUGGGCACCUCGGUCGGUGUGUGCACCGGUAUUCUCUUCGGAGGGUUCGCCAUUUUGACCCAGGGGCCUGGACCAAACGGCUAUAUCAGAACUCUGGGACAAUAUAUUGCAGGUUCUGCAGCUACUUUCGGUCUAUUCAUGAGUAUUGGUUCCAUUAUUCGCAGUGAAGAAUCUCAGGUUUCCCGGCCAUACAACUCCAUUUCCAUGCAACAAAGAGCCAGGCUCGAAGCUUGGAAGGCGAGAGAAACGUACGGUAUAUUCAAAAAAGAGAUCAGCGGUCUGUGA